GCGCUCUGAAGUUUGGACUAGCAGGGAGAGACUGGGAGCCAACAGCAACCUGUGUGUGUGUAUGAGAGUGAGUGAGUAGAGCUGAGGGGAUUCUCCAGCGGAGAGGGAUCAGGAUAACUCUGUUCAUACACUACUGAAUCAGAACUUACUGACAAGAGAAGAACAAUAGCAGUAAAACGGUAAAACUAGUUAAACUAUAGUACAUAGCUUUGUUCAUUUUUAGACAAAAGUCUUUUUUUGUAAUACUUGAGAAUGACAAGGUUUUUUGUUGUGUUCCUUUUUGGCUUUUGCUAGAAUAAAAAUGACAAUGGUCACAGGAUGUUAAGUGAGUAAAAACCCAUCGUAGCUUUUUUAGAUGUAUUUAAACUAUUUGGACUGCAUUGGUAGUAGUUAAGAAAAACUGUUUUUUUCAGAGUCCUGUAGAAGUGUUUAUCACUCUUCUUUCCUGUGUUUGAAUUACUGGCAGUUUCUGUAAAUCUUAAAUAGACAGAGAGAGACAACUCGACAACACUCUAUUACCACAGAGCCGUAGAAUGCACUUUUGAGAUUAUAGGUUAGUUUAGCUCGAAAAGGCAUCACCACACACCACACAGUUACAAUGCUGGCCCAGUCUCUCAAUCAAGCGUUGGUUCUGGUUCUGGUAUUUUGUUUGGAGUGUCGGGCCCAGUCUUUCGACUCGACUCCCCACACCAUCACAUACCGUGUCCUGGAGGAGCAGGAGGCUGGGACGAAGGUGGGCCGUCUGGUCGACGACCUGCGUCAGCGAGGGGAGCAGGGGUCACUGGAGGAUUUCCAGGUCGCAGGGCACGGACAAGCCCUGCCCUUCGCCGUGUCGGCGCGGGGAGGUGAGGUGUCGACGCUUCGCCGGCUGGACCGGGAGGAGCUGUGCCGCGGCGUUGACCACUGUGAGAUCGCCUUCAACAUCCUCUACAGGAAGGCAGGCGUGAUGGACUUCCUGCAUGUGCGCGUGGAGGUGAUGGACCUGAACGACCACAGCCCCACCUUCCCCAGCCUCAGGCAGGACGUGGAGAUCUCCGAGACGGCCGCGCUCGGGAUGAGGAUCCCGCUGGAGCGGGCCGUGGACCUGGACGCUGGUCCGAACGGCCUGCAGACCUACUCCAUGUCCGUCAGCCAGCACUUUGCCCUGGAUGUGAAGAGCGGGAGCGGGGGCACCAAGCAGGCCGAGCUGAUCGUAACCAAAGAGCUGGACCGGGAGGAGCUGUCCUCCAUAGACAUCACAGUCUUGGCCUUCGACAAGGGCAACCCCCCAAGAUCUGGCAUGACCAUCGUGACAGUCAACAUCUUGGACUCCAAUGACAACAGUCCGGUGUUCGAGGACGGAGCGCCCUCGGUGGUCCUCCCAGAGGACACCAGCCGUGGGACAGUGGUCAUCAAACUUCGUGCCACAGACCCCGAUGAAGGAGCCAAUGGGGAAAUCGAGUACUCCCUGAGUAAGCAUGCCCCAGCGGACGUCCAAAGGAUUUUCAGCGUGCACCCCCAAACUGGGGCCGUGACCCUGGUUGGACCCUUGGACUAUGAGGAGAAGGACACGUACGAGGUGGACAUCCAGGCCCGGGACUUAGGGCCUAAUGGCAUCCCUUCGCACUGCAAGCUACAGGUCAAGCUACGAGACGUGAACGACAAUGCUCCGAGGAUACAUGUCACCUGGACGCCACCAGAUUCGCCAGUGGCCACCGUGUCCGAGGGAGCGCCUAACGAGACGUUCCUGGCCCUGGUCAUGGUUUCGGACGCAGAUUCUGGCGAAAACGGUGAGGUGCGUGCUCACAUUCAACAUGGAUCGGGACACUUUCGCCUCAAGAAUAUUCACGGAGACAACUACAUGAUUGUCACUAAUGGGACAUUGGAUCGGGAGAAAACGAUGGAAUAUAAUUUAACGCUUUUCGCUCGGGACAAUGGGCAGCCCUCGCUGUCUUGUUUUCGCCACAUAACUGUUCGCGUAUUGGAUGAAAACGACAACGCUCCCGUCUUCUCCAAGACCCACUACAGAGCCAUCUUCAAGGAAAAUAACAAAGCCGGUUUCCAAGUUCUCGCCGUUGAGGCCAGUGAUGUGGACUUGGAUCUCAGUGGCAAGGUGUCUUACUCUAUUCAUGAGUCCAAUGAUCUCAGCACGCCCUCGUUCUCCUUCUCAGUCCAUCCCACCACUGGUGUGGUCACGGUCCAGCAGUCUUUGGACUUUGAGGAGUCCCGCAUCUACACUUUUGUUGUGCAGGCCAUCGAUCACGGUCACCCCCCGCUCACCAGCAGUGCCACAGUAAUCAUCGAGCUCCAGGAUGAUAACGACAACUACCCUGAAAUCAACGAGCCUCCUCCCAAGGGGGGUGUGGCCAAGGUUAGUGUACCUGUGAAUGCAGAGAAAGGGGAGGUCGUGGCGGAGAUGGGCGAGGUGAACGAGAGGCCACUUUACCUCCCCACCAAUCGGACCUCAGCACGUAAACAUCAGGGCUACUUAGCCACUACCAUCAAAGCCCACGAUCCAGAUUCAGGCCUGAAUGGAAAAAUCCAUUUUCGGAUUGUUGACGGGAACCCUUCUCGCUUGUUCUGGCUGGACACUAAAACAGGGCAACUGUACGUGAACACCACCAAUGCCACUGACCUCAUCGGCAAGACGUUUAAAGUAGGCAUUGCCGUGUCGGACAUGGGCAUCCCAGUGCUUGUCACCCGGACAACUCUGGAAGUCAGUUUCAUCAACCUUUUGGAUCACCUGAAGAACUCAGCCCCUGGUCAGAAGGCCCAGCUGAGCUUCACCAUGCUGAUGGCCAUCUGCCUGGGCGCCUCUUGCCUGCUUCUGCUGUUGGCUGUCGCCCUGGUGACCACCUUCUGUCGCCAGGAGAAACGCGACAACCACGCCUACAACUGCAGGCAGGCGGAGUCGACCUACACGCGCCACCCGCGCAGGCCCCAGAAGCACAUCCGCAAGACGGACAUCCAGCUGGUGCCAGUCCUGAGAGGGCGCAGGGACGACCCCCCGGAGGAUGAGGCCCAGCCGCUCUCCUCUGGAGCUCCGCCGUCUCCCGCGGAGCUCCACGUCGACGGCCAGUUCUGCCGGACGCCGGCCACCUCCCGGUCGGCCCACGCAAUGCCAGAUCCCAACAUGACGUUUCAGCACAACCAGACCAGGACCUUGCGGAAACCCGGAAACAUCGAACUGGACGGGCCCACCCCCCACACCCCUGGCAUGCCAUACCGGACCCUCCGCAAGGCGCGGAACCCCUCCUCCUCCACCACCUCUUCGCUCUCCCAGGCAGGAACUCUGAAUCGGCACCACGCCAACUCAGAGGUGCAUUCUGGGACACUGGAGGGCCAGAAGGGAAACCUGUCCCCGGCCGUAUCCCAGGCAACGCUGAGGAGGCCCAAGAACACGGACUCCCUCAGCAGGCAGGCUGAGGACGACCACAGGCAGAUGCUGAGGAACCUGGUGCGCCUCUCCAUGGCUGCCUUCGGUGGGGACAGCCCCAUUGAGCUGUCGUCUGCCUCCCCUGAAGUACAGCAGGUCUCUCAGUUGCUCUCGCUCCUCCAUCAGGGACAGUUCCAGCCCAGACCAAACUUCCGAGGGAACAAGUACUCUCACCGCACCGGCCGGCUGGGCGCGCCGGACGCUGAUUGGCUGAGCACUAAGGACAGUGGCCGCGGGGAGAGUGAGGCUGGAGACGUGGACUGGGAGCCGGGUCGGGAUUCGCCCGUGGACCCCCUCCUGGAGGAGGGCCUCAACAACCUCCUCAACAGCGCAGAUGAUGUGUUUGCGGAUGUGCAGGACCCUGGCUGGAUCGCUCGCCUCUCCCUCCCACUGGCCGGCGACUGGCACGAGAACGUCUUCAUCCCCGACGGGCCGCAGUCCCCCGACGACCGUGGCCGCAGUGGCUCGCAGGGCGGGCCCGGCGACGACUCGGUCUCGCCCUCCUCCUUCUCCACGUUCGGCAAGUCGCCGGAGAAGGCGGGCCCGCUGGGCGGAGCCCUGCUGUCGGAGGUCAGCACGCUGUUCGAGAUGCUGCUGACGCAGAAGGCCGACGCCCAGCCGCGGCCCUCCGCUGAGAUGCUCUACAGACUGUCCGCUGCCUACCGCCGCUCCCUCGGCCUAGACACCCCACCACCAGGGGGCGCCCCAGGCUCAUCUGCACGGCGCCCUGCCGGCAGCGACAAGCUGGCCGCUCCCAGCAUGCACUCCUCUGGUUAAGAGGAAGAACUGUCCAAGCCACUGGCUUAAAACAGUGAUGACUUUUCAUGGUGAUUCCACUUGGAGACAUUCUUCUAGUAGACUGAUUUAAUCUUGUGUCCCCCAAAAGUUGGUCAGUGUGACAUACUUUUACAUUCAAUCACAUUCAAGAGUCGUGCCAUUAAGAGAGAUAACUUGUCGUCAAACCUGCUCAGUUGUGUACUUCUCUGAAAGCACUCUUUAUGUUUAAAGGUUUUUUAAUUGGUUCUAUUGUUUUGGCUGCGGAAGCCAAGGAGGCUGUGGACCCGCUGAACUCCACAGAAACAGGAAGAGCUGCACCCCCGACUUUCGCCGGAGUUUCAGGGACAUAACUGCGGACGUCCACAGUCAUUACCACCCCCCCCCCUCCACAUCACAUCCUGGACAGGUCAAGGCCAUCUGAAGACAACAGGACACUCAGUCGGAAUCCUCCUCAAGUGUUAGAAUGUAACUCUUAUGUACUUGUGAUUUUGCGACUAUUAUUGGAGAAUGUUGGACAAACGGACAAAAUGUCACCAUGUUUUUUCACAGCACAUGAUGGUGUCUCAAUCUUGUUGUCUUGCAACAAAAUUGCAAAUGUCUUCUGUUGUGAGCAAUCGCUCACUUGUGUUAUCCCCUGUUCACAUGUUUGUUAGAUGUUUGAUUUUACAAAUCUAGAGAAGGGAAAUGCUAAUUUGUCUUUGACUUUCACACUCUCGAGUCUCAUUCCAGAGGACAUGCCAGAAGAACUACAAUGGAGCCCUGCAGGUGCCAAAAGAACUACAAUGGUGCCACCACUCUCUACUUCCCCUUCCCCACGCACAUGUUGAUUGUUUUUUCCUACCGAUUUCUGUCCAAUGUAAAUACUUUUGUCAGUGAACAUACUAUUUGGCAUUUUGUCCCUGUAAGUUAUCAACAUAUUAGAAUUUACAUAGUUUGGAUGCCAUUGCCUUGGUAGCACUAGAGUCCUUUGUGGUAUAUGCCAAUCAGAACAGGAAUGAAACCCUAACAGCAUCAUUUUGAGAAUUCAAGUUUCAUCAAGUCUCAAAACAUUAAAAUAUAUGGAACUGUUUGACAUAUUUGUAACUGAUGUACGAGAGAAGAGAUGAGUUCUCAAUAUGAGCAAAGUUGUUGAGAUUUGCUAUUGUUCCAUAACCCAAACAGACAGCACUUUGUAAAUAAACAUUUUUGUAUAACAUUUUGAUAAAAUAAAGCAAGAUAAACAAUCCA